AAAAGUAUUUUGGUUUCAUUUUUGAUUUGAUUUGAGUUCUUCUAUGAAAAAAAUGAUUAAAAACGUAUCAUAAUUCGGAAAUUAUUGUAAAUCUCGCACAUCAGAAUAAAUUUCUGAUUGUGUUUAUGUAUAAUUUCGGUGGAAAUGUUUAAAAUCGAGUCUUAUAUCACAUCGAUCAUAUUAGCGAAUGCCGACAGGUACAUAAAAAAUUUUCGAAAACAGGAUGCCCAGGUAUCGCUAUGGGAAGGAGACGCCUCGUUUCACAAUAUCGAUCUAAAUGUCGACGCUCUAAACGAAGAACUUCAAACAUCGUUUGUAUUCACAAGUGGUUACAUCCACGAUCUAACUAUACACGUACCAUGGACCAAAUUAAUGUCAGAACCAGUUACCAUCUCUGUGAACACCAUCGAAUGUGUUAUGAGAUUAAAAUCACGCGAUGAAGUUCCAUUUAGACCGGCUGAAAAAGCACCUUCGGCUGGUUCCGAAACCAAAGAUACCACCAAGAAACGUCAAAAUGAAGAGAUACCGAAUCAGUCUUCUUAUACGUCAGCUAUAACGAGUAAAAUAAUGAAUAAUUUAUCCAUACGAUGCGAAAAUGUGAUCUUAAAGUUGGUUGAAGAGGAUAUAGUCUUCUCGAUGAAUAUUGAAAAACUUUCGUUUGAGAAUGUGAAUGAGAAUUGGAUACAAGCAAUGACUGAAAUUAAUUUGGAGAAAUUACUGACCCGAAAGUCGAUCGCUUUAUCGGGAGUUACGAUUUGUUUGGAUAAGCAAAAUUCAUCCGGAAGAAUUGACACUUAUUUGGAACCUUUACUGUACCGUUGUCAAAUAAACAUUCGCCUCUUAAGAGCUUACAACACUCAGUUUUCCAAGAAACCAGCGUACACUCGUUUCGAUAUUUUAUCUGAUAAAAUGUCUUUUACUAUAUCAGAACCUCAAAUACCGAUGUUGAUGAAAUUGGGUGUUAUGAUAUUCCGCUACAAUGAUAAUCCUUCUUCGACACAUUCGAGAAGUUUAUCCUUCAAUUCAGACAGUAUUUCAACCGUAUCUGACGGAAGCCAUUUGUAUAACGAGAAUGCUGAAGAAAAUGGUGAUAUGACUUCUUGGGGUACUUGGAUAUGGAACAUGAUGCCCUCUAUUUUAUCUCAGGAUGAAACUGCACCAAAUCAAGAGAAUGACACUGUGAAUUCGUACACUUUUUAUAUUGGUUUCUGCAUCAAAUGCUUGGAGACUAACUUAAAAGUGCUGAGUCAUCGAGUAAAAAAGAGCUCUAAAAUAGAAUUCAAUCACCUUUUGAAAAGUACAUUCAACGGCUGCAUUUAUCAAAUGACAAUGAAGAACAACGAAUGGUUCAACGUUCAGUUUGGUGUUAAUUAUGUCUCUGUUGAGACUCCGGUUCAAGAAAAUGAUAAUUUGAGCUCAACGAGCCAAUUUAUUACUGCCGGAACAGAAAAUGAUUCAAAUGUGCUGAAAGGUACAUUAUUCGACGAAAAAAGUGUUGAGAAUCAGGUGUACAACUCUGACGUCUUAGACAGAAACGUCGAUUUUCCCUCCAAUAUCUUUGAUUUUUUGUGCAAUAGAGAAUUUUCAUUAGAUAGUCAUUUAAAUUUAAACACAGAGCACGUAUUAUUAGAAAAAACUCAAGCGUUUGCAAUUGAUUAUGUGAAAACAUACCAAAAAUCCAAAACCAUACUAAUGACCAAAGAGUACGAAUCCGAUGAACCGAUCGCAUUCAGUGAUACCGAAAGCGUUGACGAUUUUGUUCCAGAGCCUCGAACGAGUCGUCUUGAAAAACAUGUCCUGCUGAGAUUCAUUUUUGGUCCUUCGGUGAUCAAAGUUACCCCCGAAGUGAUCGACAGCGUUUUAUAUGUUCAUAAGAUCAUUCCUUACGGCGAAUAUUCAACUUUGAGGCAAACUUCUACUGGUGUUGCAGGAUCAGAGUAUUACUCUCCGAGCAAAUAUGUGCCAAAUUAUGUGACUCAAUUUACAUUUUUUGAUCUCGCAUUUGAAUUCCAUCCUACUCCGUCCCAUAGUCAAAUACUGCAAAGUGCUUCUGGAAGUGAUUUGAAACGCGCCGAAAUCCUGAAUUCUUUGCAAUCUCCGUCGUUAUUAUUUUCAUGUAAAUGUAUCGAUGGCAGAAUGACUUGCGUUCGAAAUAUUACAUCGGAAGGUCGCGAAGAAAUUAAAAAAAUCACCAUGUUUAAGGCCGUUGAAAUGAUAUGUUCGAUUUCAAAACUGAGUCGAUCGUCGAAUUUAUUCAAAUGUGAAAAAUUUGACUUCGAACGGACCACAGAUAUUCAACAAGAAUCUAGGGAAUUGCGUAUUGAAACUAGAAAUUUAUCUGUCACGUCAUCCAAGUCUCAUUUGCUAUUGAGUUACUACAUUGUUAAUUAUAUUUGGUGUUCAUUUAUGCAACUCGAACUAAAAUCGAAAUAUUUUAGUAAAAUUUUCCAUUCUUCGUUGAUCGAAGAUUCUUAUCUUCCUGGUAACGUAAUCCUAGAGCUAGUAAUGGGAAACGUCACCGUCAAAUACAAAUGUUUAAAAUCCACUUCAAAUAUAAACAUCUCGAUGAACAAUUGCAAAUCGUACGUUAAUGAGUUAAAAGGCGAUAUGCAAAAACGAGUCAUCGUUUUCUGUUCAGAAUCUAUUUCGGAGUCACCUUGUAUACAAAUUAUUCUGCAACGAUGCAAAACCACAGACGACACCUGCCUCCACCCAUCCUGCGUUUGGUUCACUAUAAACGAUUUAAAAAUCAACUUGGACGUAGCUCUUUAUUCUUGGCUCAUGUACGAGCCAACCCCAGCUCUCCAAGAGCCCUGCACCAAACCCAGUAGUUCAACGAAACAACAAACUGUAUCAAAUUUGUCUUACAGAAGUGCUCCAAGUAGGAAAGUAUCGACAAGCAAUAGCGGUGGACCGAGGCGUUAUUCGAAUACACCCAAACCAAAGGAGUCUGUCCACAGCAGUUCUGAACACGAAGCAAUAUCCCCACCUGUAGUUACGGAUAACGAAACAUGUGAUGUGUUUCAAUUACCUCCGCCUAGUACUUCAAUUAGCGAAGAAACGCCUUUGAUCGAAUAUUUGACGAAUAAUAUCCAUUUAUGGCGCAGUUUGGUUGUGUACGGAGAUGUCUCGCGUAUUUCUUUGUAUAUUCCUACCGGUGAAUUGAAGCAUCGUAACGAGUCUCAAAAUAUGGAAUUUCUCAUCAAAGAAUCUUUCAAAAAUCAUCCUAAUCAAGAUGGAGGAGUUUUCGUGGUAUUUUUGAAAUCAGCUAAGAUCAAAUGCGAUAUACCAAUUAAUAUUUUAGAAGAACUGAAAUCUGAAUCUUUGAUAACGUUCUCCAAAUUGAAUUGGUCUCCUGAUAAGUUGCCGUUCCCAUGGACCGUUUCAGUAUGUGAAUUAAGCGUCCAUACUUUAUUGAAUAACUGCCUUAAUAAACCUUUAUUGAAACCGUUAUCUGCUAAUUGCACGGUUGGAGUUACGAUCAGGGAAGAAAAUGAAAACCAAUCUGUAAUUGCUCUUUGUGUGCACGCGGAUUUCCAACCAAUAAUCAUAACUUUGGCUGAAAAACAAGUUGAACUAGUUUCUGAUGUGAUCACGAUUCUGAAUUCAUACCGCAGAUCAAAGCAACAGACAGCGUCUAAAGAACUUCUAUCUAAAAAAAUGCUAUCUCAAAAUAGCUCUGAUAGUCUAAUUAGUGAAAAAGUUCAGAAUAAGCUGACCGGAUGGAUCCAGUGGACGUUUACAAAAUGCUGCGUCAUUUUAUACAAUAAAAAUGAUUCGGAGUUCCGAAAAUUAUGCGUUGAACUCGAAGAUUCUAUCGCAUCGUUGGAAUUUGACGACAUAUUUCAUAAAAUGAAACUAAAAAUAGCCUCGUUUGGAAUUUAUCAUCACACGAGGUUGAAUAAAACUGACCCUUGGCAGAAAGGACCUUUCCACGGUGUAAUAAUCCAACGUUGCUAUUCCCAACCGGCGAAUUUGGAGAAGAAGAAAAGCGACGAAGACGGCGACGAUAGAUUUUUCUUGGCUACAAUCACCAGAGCUCGAACUAGUAAUUUGAAAACUCGUCUUAUUCCAGGCCAACAAUCUUCCGAAAUUGUCACUUAUGGAGGUGAUCGUUUCGUAACCGAGAUCAUCUUGAAGAUCAGCUCAACUGAUGUCAUUGUUCCUCUUGUGAUCCUGGAACCGUAUAUUGCUGUGCUUUCACCGAUGAGAAAAAUAAUCAGUGGAGAUCACGCUGAUUCGGUUACGAUUGAAAAGCCCAAAGAUCAGUCUCCGGCGUGUUUACCUUUGGUGUAUUUAGACGUACCAAAAAUUAGGAUAUUUAUUCCUUUAUCAAAUACUGUCAAAAGUGACGUGAAUUUCUACGAUACAAUUGUUUGGGAGAUUGGUUCAGCUCAUUUAGACUGUAAUCCAGAAAAUCCAAUAAUUCGUAAACCCCUUCACCCUGAACUGUAUUAUUCGAUGGCUGGAAAAACAUUCGCCAGUAUUGAGCAAAAGUUGCUCAAUCAGCAAUACCAAUUAAUCAUCUCUGAUAUUUCGGCAAACACUGGUAUUUGGAACGAAAUCCAGAAAAUGUUGGAAAAAGAGCAUUUAUCGGUGGAAGAACCUCCUUCAGCAUUCGAACAGAAUCCAGCUGUGAUGUGGAAUCAAGGUUGUCAUCCGGAUUCCAAGAAUAAAGUUUAUCUCCGGCAUUUAUCUCCGAUUGUGACCAAAUUCUCAUGUCAAGUUUUACUGGCACCGCCGGUUGAAAGUCCUUCUUUGAAGAGUAUAGCUCAUAGUGCUCAUUACGAGAUCGCCGCUGUCUCGGAUAUAAACGUUUCAAUUUCGUUGAAUCAGAUUACUUUGUUGGUGUUACUUCAAAAAGAAUUCGUUAAUUAUAUUUUACCUCACUUUUCAACUUCCAAAGAUAUGAGAAUCAAUCAGAAGUCUGCGCAGUUGAACAAUCAAAUGAAAAUGAUCGAUAGUGGUAUCGAAUCUAUGGAUCAGAGUUCAGCUGAGUCGUCGUCCGUAUUUAAAAAUAAAUCCGAAUAUAAAUCUAGUCACGUGCACAGUAUCAACUCGAAGGUGUUUUACUCGGCUCUGUCGUCAAAUACAUCGGUUAUACAGCAGUCUAGUUUUUUAACAAGAUACGAAAACGCUAAAGAAAUCUAUAUCACUACACAAAACGUUAAUAUUACGUUUUUUAAGACGAACGAAGUUAAAAAUGGUGAUGAGAUGAAAACCACUUAUGAUCCCUUACUGAAUGUAUCAAUUUUACAACCUUACGUGCUUCUAAAUUAUGAAAAUGAGUUGUCUUCUGCUCAAUUCUCAAUUUUCAACUUGGCGAUCAGAUUACCGCGCAUUGGAGCUACUAAUUUGACUCAAACUCACAUUCCAAACAUCAAAGACUUCCCACAAAUGUUAUUAAACGCUGAAAAAUCUAACUGUGAUCAAUACUCUAGAAUUAAAUACCCUUGCUUUAUUUUGAAAGCUUCCCUAGACGCCAAUAAAAGAUGGAAAAAUGAAGUUAUUUUUGGGCAGCCAAUACUGAUCGAUUGUAGUACGAACACGAUUCAGUAUAUUUUAACGACUAUUCGAUCUUGUAACCGAGAAUAUGGAAAAUUAAUGGAAAGUUUCGAACAACCUCAAGAUCGGAAACGUGACCAAAGUGUUCAAACGUUUGAAAAAGAGAUGAAAUUUAUCGAAAAAUACAAACCCCAUUUGCCCCUAAUUUCCAACACCACCUUGACCACGAAUCGCCUCAUAUUCGUAUUUAAAUCCGGCUUCAAAGGUCGUAAUUUACUCUUAAGUAUGGAUUCGAUAGACAUCAAAGCAAGGUCUACGUGUUUAAUGAAAACACCAUCCGAAUCAAUUUGCUUCCAAUGCGACGUUAAAAACGUCUUCAUCUCGCUACCUGAAUUACGAGUUGAACCAUUUUGCGAUAUUUUCCACGAUAAUAAUUCAGAUCGGAGGAAAAACGAUAUACUUUCGAAUAUGAUCCUGAAACCUUGGAAUUUCGCUGUCGAGCUUCAGCUGAUUUUCCAACGAUGGAAUUUAUUCGAGUCGAAUCCUUGGAAAUGUUUGAAAAUCCAUUCGGAAAAUAUAAUCGUCGAAGUGACUCCUAUGUAUUUAGAUUCGAUCUCGAAGUUGGUCUCAGAGUAUCGUAAAAUGUACGAGGCAAAUGUGCCCAAAGAUGAUGUGCCCUUUUUACCGUCUCCUAUCGAAGAAACAUCUUCCAUUGAAAAUUACAAAGAUGAUUUAAGAGCCGGAGCUUUUCAAUAUAUUAAGAAUGAAAUCGACAAGUUCGAGUUGCCUUCUUCUUACGAAGUUGUAUUCUGUAAUCGACCUAUUCAACCUUACAUGUGUUGGAAGUACCCUCAGCCGAGAAGUUUAACUAAAUUGCAGAUUUAUCCGGUUCCUGUUGAAGACAUGAACGAAGAUUACCUCGAAGAAGAAAUCCGUUGCCAACUUCAGUAUUAUGAUGAAAUGAGAGCCAUGUUUGUUCCUCACAUUUCGUUCAAUUUAUCCGAAAACAGCAUCCAAACUGUGAAUUUACCAGAAGGGAAAUUUUCUACGGUAGCAGCCGAAUGCUGGCGAAUCGUUCUUUACGAUAUGACCGACGGUGGACAAAACAUUAAUAAUUUGAAAGUAGAUGUCAGGUCUUUGGCUGGCUGUGUCCGAGUUGAUUCUGCAUUCCAACCUGCCCUUGUUCCUGAACAACAAAUUCUCAUCAGUGUUAGUGAGAUUCAGGUCAAUUUGUGCACGUUAAUUAAAGCUGAAAAUGUAGCCAUAGAAAAUUACCGAGUAAAUUACGUUCCGUCCAAACAGCAUUUCAUGUCUGUCAUUUGCGACGACUUGAAAGUCUUUAUAUCGAAUUACAAUGAUAAUAAAAAUCAAACAAUCGAAUUGUCAGCUAUUUGUAAAGCGAAUAUUCUCAAUUACGAGUACCUGAUGUUUCAAUCAUUCGUGGACCCGGUUUUCGCCGAAUUCGCUAUGUAUUUUUCAGAAGACACGACUCCGAAAUUGACAGCACUGUUUAGAAAUGUGCAUAUGCGAAUUAGUCCAAAUUUUAUUCAUACUUUGUCAGUGUCAAAGGAUUUAUGGACAGACUGGAAACCGAAUUGUUCAUCGUUGUGGAAAGUUACGGCUCCUUUUGUUGUAUGCAACAAUACGAAUCACGGUAUCAUGUUUAAGCAAGAAGACUCGUCCGAGGAUAUAUUUUUGUCGCCUUUUGAGUGCUAUUUGUAUGCUUGGCAUAAUCCAGUUUUACCAAAAAAUAUAAAUAUUUCUGCAUUUUUAGAAACGAAAAAAUUCCAUUCAGGGCCAGUCUGUAUAAAAAAAAUAGGCUGCAAUAAUUUAGUUUGCGAAAAUGUCGAGAAAACUGAAACUUCUCAUUUGUUCGUUUCUGUGGUUAAACAUUCAUCUGUAGUAAAUCAGGUGAUAAUUUACGGUAAUUUAUUAAUCUACAAUUUGACCAACUCGACGAUGGACAUGGCUGUCAUCUCGCAUGGCAAAAGAGACGCGAAAUUCUCCUCUUCUCAAAUAUUCACUCGAACGACCGUAACUAAUAAUCAAUUACUCUCCAUAAUGAUACCCGAUUCGCAUAAAUUAUCUUUCAAAGUACGUUACGCUGCCUCAUUCAGCGAUUUCGAGAACUGCCAUUGGACUGGUUUAAUACCUUUGGCUGCAUUUCAACAAUCAACCAAUCAAAAUUCUUGGAUGGUUAAAGUUCCUUUGAAAAACCAAAAAGAACAUUUUCAAAGCAUUUGGUGUCAAGUUACCCGAGAAAUGGUAGGCGAAUCUCCGAAAUACUUGGUGGUUUUCAGACCUUUAUGUUCGGUGAUUUCGUUCCUUCCUUGGAAAAGCUGCGUGCAAAUAUCCGAUGACGUGGGUUCAGUUGUCAGUUUAAAUACAGUAAAUGGAAAAGGAUCACCUACCGAAUUAUUCGUACCCAAUACAGUAUCUUUAGAUAAAUAUACCAUCGAAUGGAAGCGAAAUCAGCAGGUUGAAAAAUCUUCGAAGAAAAUUUCUAUCGAAAAAUUACCCGUGGAUAAAAAUGCUUCGAAAGAGUGGAGUAUUCAUUCAUUAAUUGAGGAAAUCAGCGGCGAUAUGGAAGAUAACAAGUGGCCAUUUUUAGACAUCGAGACGUCCAGCUUUGCUUGGAAAACCGAUAAGAGUUAUUAUGAAAUUACACCGUCGAUCAAUGUGAUACGUAAAGAGGAGUACGGAUGUGGUACCAAGAUUGAAAUCUAUCCCUGGGCUAUAAUCGUGAACAUGUUGAGUUAUCCGGUCCUUUUGGAUAUUUCCGAUACGGUUUAUGCGAUCGAUAGCUAUGAAAUUAUUGCACCGCCUUGUAUAGAGAGCACUUUUAAACUUGGAAUAAACGACGGAAAGGAGUGUUUUUCUGGUGUUUUACAAUUAUCAGACAAUCAGUCUUUUCCUAUCCCUAAGGUAACCGGACGUAUUCCUAUGAAUGGAUUUAUGACUACGAUGAUCGAAUGCGAUAAUUACGCGACCUUUGUCAACAUAACGUCAAAAAAUUACAAAGAAACCAGAGUCAUUAGCAUGUGCUCGUCUUAUACGAUUUGUAACAAUACAGAUAUCGAUAUUGAAUGCGCAGCAGUGGUCGUUUGUCGUACCGGAAGUCGAUCCUCUAUGACUUUUGAUAUUCCUAGCGACUUGAAAUCAUUAUCUAUUGAAUUGCCAGCUAAACAGAAUUCUUCGGUAGCUCAACCGAUCGCCAAAUGGUAUAAAAUUGGUAAAGGGGAUGUUCAAGUAUUACCUUAUCUGAUUCUCAGCAUAAAAGGAGAAACCGGAUGCCCGAUUAGAAUUUGCGAUUUAUCGGAGAAGCAAAGAUAUUCUAUAAUGUUUCCAUGCAAGUCGUCGAAUGAGAAACCGGCGUGUAUUUUUAUGACAGCUCAACAAAACGAAGGUCAAGUCUUUUUGACUGUGUGGAAUGAAACUGUGCCUCAGAUUGUUAUACAUAAUAUGAGUCAGUUACCGUUGAAUGUGACGUCAUCGAAAUCUGAUCGUGCUUCUGCCGAAGUAUCGCAUUGUCCAGAUUGGAACUGGAAGUACAGUAUCGAAGCCAAUAGCACAGGAUAUUUCCAUAUAUCUCAACAAAUCGUCGAAAAUAAGAAAAAAUUGUUACAGUAUUUGAAAUUCGCUGUCAAAAAUGCCAAACCAGUAAAACAAACUAAAUGGUCCUGCGGAGUUGCUGUAAAAACCUGUAUAAAUCAAUUGAUAACGUUACCAUUGUCUCAGCACCACAUCAAAUUGGCCAUUUUUAGGAACGGAUUCACUUACGUUGUCUGGAUCGAGUCAGCCACUUCCGAUGAAUUAUCUGCCAAAACAAUCCGCGCCAGAUUAUCCGAAUCCUUUUUACCUAUAAAUAAUGCAGCUGUUCCUCCUGUGACGGAGAUAUCUUCUUCUCAUGUAGAAGAUUCUAAUGAAAUACCUCAAAAACUCACCAAUUUAUACAGCAUAGGUAUGACGAAACCGUAUGAUUUAAACCUUCUGUUCGAGCAAAUUUCGCUAACUUUGACGUGCGACGAUGAUGAAACAUUUAUCGAAAACGAUGUCUCCACUUUAGCCUUGGAAUCUGUCAGCGUGACUUUGAGUACUAUUCAGAAACCCAACGAAGUAAAAGAAGAUAUAUUUUGUCGCGUCGACGUGACAAAUUAUCGAGUCCAUAAUGAGCAAUUUCACGUUAGAACGUUUGAUUUCCCUAUUGUUUUAUUGAGCAAAGGAUCCCAAAACGAAGAUUUAUCCAAGCUGACGUAUAAUUUGAGAGAUUUAUUAUACAAGUUUCAGCAAAACGACGAAGAUACGGCUUUGAAAAUGAACUUUGCGUUUCGUAGCGAUAAUUUUUGGGCAUUCGAUGUACGUGACCUAGACGUGUAUAUCCAUUCACAAGACGUAUUUUUAGAAGAUAAAUACCUAACCAGACUUCGUGCAGCUUUCGAGAACAUAUUCUCAGCCACAUACGACUCUUCGUUACUACAAAGCAAACACGUAACGGCAGAUCUUAUCGAAACCGAGACACCGGAUCUGCAUUCGUUGAAAAUUACUCCUAACCAAAGCUCUCCUGCCAAAGACAAAAUCAACGAGUUUUCCUCUAACCCUCGAAGUUCGUCGAGUAAAUCUGUCAACGUUUCAGAAAACGACACAGAUGAUAAAAGUCUCGAAUCCAUCGUCAUCGGAGGAACCCCUUUUUCUUCGCAAAAAGACGACUACGAGCGGACUUCGUACGCCGUCAAUUACUCCAGCGAGCCUGAAAGCGACGCUAGUAUCAAGAAUUCGAUUAUCGAUGCUCUUAAUCUGAUUCCAAUACCGAGCAACGUGGUCGCAUUAUCUAAACGUAUAGCGAAACCGUUACGAUUAAGGCAUAUUCGAGUGUCAGCAUUUUGCGCCACUGUUAGUCUCCGUACUUCUACCACAUUCUACAUUGCUCUGGAUCGAUCACCGUUGAACUUCUCCGAGUUCAAAAAAGAUUACCUGGUGACGACUACUUUCGAAUUGGGUAAUUUAUUAAUGGUGCAUUAUUUCUUCGGCGCUGUGUAUGGUACUGGAUGGGCUAUCAGUAGUUUGGAAUUUGUUGGAUCGCCCGGAGUGCUGGCUAGGUCUUUGGGAACCGGGAUCAAGGAUUUCGUUUCUAUGCCUAUUUAUGGUAUUGCCAGCGGACCUAGAGGGUUUGUUUUGGGCGUAGCUCAUGGAUCAGCUUCGUUAAUGAAACACGUCAUGGCUGGUACCUUGUCUUCGGUGACCAAAUUUGCCGGAAGUUGGGCCAGGACUUUGGAUAGAUUUACGUUAGAUCCGGACGAUUUACUGCAGUCUGAAGAAAUCAGAAGGUUUCCACCCAGUAAUAUUGCCGAAGGAGUGUUACAAGGGUUGUCCGAAUUCGGUAUCAGUAUUUUAGGUGGUAUUAGCGGAUUGGCUCAUCAUCCGUUACAAUAUGCGGUAUCCAGUGGCGGAAAUCGAAGUCUGAUCAACAGUAUAAGUUUAGGAAUCAUUGGCGUCUUGACUCGUCCACUCAGCGGUGCCGCCGAACUGGUGGCGCGAACAGGUCAAGGGAUUUUAUCUCACGUAGGAUGGAAUACAGUUCCUAUGAUUCGAAAUGGAACCACGUUGGAGAAAAAUUUCACCCAUUUGCAAAUCUGCUGUCUGAAAUACGAAUGGAAACGAGACAACGACGACGUCCUAUUCACCAUCGAAGGUGUGAACGCUGAGAAUGUCGCUAUCCCUUUAUGGAUCACUUUAACCAGACGCUGGUUGAAUGUCGCCGAAAUGACGCCUAACGGUAGAAGAACAGCGUAUAAAAUUCAUAUUCACGAAUUUAAAGGCUCCGAAGUAGAUCCCACUUUAAUUGUUGUAUUAAAACCAGCGUUAAACUUACAGAUGGCUGACGGUUUCACCAAGGCCAGAAUAAUCAAGUAUGUCACCGAAACGAAUCAUUGCUGUAAUAUAGAGAGUUCGUAUUUCAAGGAAAAUUCGUAUAAUAAGCUCGAGCCUGUUUUUAGUUUCUACGUAAAUCCGAGAGUUAAAAAUUUCCUUUUGAAUAUGAUCUCGUUUACUAAAAAUGUCCCCGAAUAAGUCUCUUAUCUAGGUACAUAUUGAAAAGGAAAAAAAAUACCAAUGAUGAUUUCUUUUAACCUAAAUGUUCAUUUUUUUACGAUUAUUUUAUCGCUGUGAUAAUUAUGUAUUUUGUUGUGAUUUUGUUCAACUUUUUUUUUUUUAAUGGCGAAUGUAAUUUUUUCCUCUUUUUUUCUUUUUGCAAAAUAUACGUUAUUUAUUGA